AUGUCAUCAUCUGGUGUUGAUCGAACGUCAACUCAAAAUGGCACUGUGACUAAUGGUACCGGGAUCCAAGCUGAGCGUCCUCCGGAUGUGACCCAUUUUGGCAUGUUCAACGAUGAGAUUAAUCUUGAAAUCUCGAAACUUGACAAAGGGUGGUUGUUCAUGCACGAGGCCGUUGAGGGGUUGAAAAAAACUUUCCGCAAGCAUGGAAAGGUCGUGUCCACGGUCAAAAAUCGUUAUGGAGAAGAUAAUGUCUUGGAGCAAAAGAUUCAUGACCUUGAAGUUCUUCAGAGAGGAUUCACUAAUCUUCUCAUUAACAAUGAAAAAGAACACGAGUCUAAGAUCGAGGUGCUUAAGCAGGCCCAUGAUAGAGAGAUCUCAGAAUGGAGGGGAAAAGCGGCGGCGGGCGAGCAGAAGCAGAAGCAAUAUGAAGAGCUUGAGAAAGCCUUGAAGGAUCAGCUUGCCGAUGACCGGUCGAACAUGGAGAGACAUUUUACAGAAAAAGAGAAAGAAAUGAGGGAUGAAAUCAGGAAGCGUAUAGAGGCCAACAGAUCACUCAAAGGUGAACUCAAAUUGACCUCUGAUGAGCUUGAUGGAGAAAGAGCAAAAUGCCAACGCCUCGAAGAGCAAAAUAAACAAUUGCGGGCUCCGUACAAUGCGGAGGCGCCAGUCACAACGACCUUCUAUGAGGAACAUUACAAAGCUUUAUUUGAGAGCAUCGGGAACAUCGCAAAGGCCUACUUUGGCAGGCUUCCGGAAGAAGUCAUAGAGGAUCCUGCUUCUAUCUCGAAAGAGUUGACCGGAAAAAAGAAACUCGCCGUGUUCAAAGGGAUACCACUGUCGGAUUCUAGUGGCUCAUUGCACCUCCGACUUGCUGCCAUUCAGAACAUCAUCAACACCGUCAUCCAAACCUAUCUGUGGAGGCCAUUCUUCUCCGCCUGUCUAUCCUCGCCGGGCAAAGACCAAGACCUUCUUCCCACUAUGUAUGAUCACCUACGAGACCGGGGAGAUCCGGAAAGGCGCAACUGGAAGAUCUCCACCAUGAGAGUUCUGGAUCGUCUCGACGACGAGGUCCAGACGAAAAAGACUGUUGGCUCCUUGAUCUACCACAACAUAAUUGAUCCUCUGGAACCUUUGUUGGCGGAUGACCAGGUUGAGGACCUUCGAAGAGAUCUGUUCGAGGUGUUCGUCGAGGCCAUCGACCUCUGGAAGACGUCGGAGAGAGACGAAUUCCCUAUACAAGUCAGCAUGGCCCCCGAUGAUCGCCAGCAUUGGAACGAAGAUCUGAAGGACUAUGAGAAGAGAGACAUCCCGGAUUCUCUCGCGGACUCUGCCAUCGAGCCCUACUUGCGCCAAGAACUGGCCGUGAGGCCUCUGGUGACCCGACCCAACCCGGGCAAGACAGAACACGACAUGAUUUGUUCCGGCGCGGCGCUCUUCUCGGAAACUGGCAUCUUCCAUGACGGAGCCGUAGAAUGGAAGUUCAUCAACGGUGGUUCAAAAGCCAGGGCAUCUACGUUCUCUUCUUCUACACCUGUGUCGCCCGCCAUCCCCACACACAAACGUCAAGGAAGUGUAUCUAGCAACGUGCCUUUGGUAAGGUCACCCAUCAGAGCGUGGAGUGGGUCGACAGGAGGGUCCGGGUUGGGACUAGGAACAGAAGGUCGGGGCUGGAAGUAA